CGGCCCACGUCGGCCUCGAUCAGCCGCUCGGCGCUCAGUUCGAGUCGGACCUCCGCCGUAGCCGGAUCGUGUCAUAUUGCCUGUCUGCGCUGUCUCUCUCUCUUCUUCUCUCUCUCUCCUCCUCCUCCUCUCUCUCAUUCCCUCCCGCGGGCAGGCGCGGGCGCGCGCGCGUUCACAGUGUCUGUGUAUGUGUGUUCCCUGUUCCCCCUCUGUGCCCCCCUGUUCCCCGCAACGACAACGAGUUCCGCCCAGGGUGAAAAGAGCGGAGCCGGGGUUCCCUGCAAACAAGACGCAUCCUCGACACGGCGGUUGUUGUUUGUUUUCUGGUAUCGCGGUGCCGCGGUGUCGCGGUUCACGCGAACACCGGAGCCGUGCGCGCGAGGGUCCCGGCCGCGGACAACAGGAGAUACGAGCUGUCCAGCCAGCGUCUACGGUGCAACGUCGCCGUCGACGUCGACGUCGACGUCGCCGCCGCCGCCGCCGCCACCGCCGCCGUCUCCACGGUCCUCGUACCGCAGUGUGGUGCUUCGUCGGCGUUGUUGCUGCCACGAAAGUGUUUCCAGAAAGGAGAGAAGUAGUUGCAAUAUUUUCCUCGUCCGGAUACAAUAGCCCGGCGCGGUUCUCUCCGCGGACGCGCAGAGACGUUGGAAACCACGGCGCCAUUCAAUCAGCGACUCGGCCGGCCGUGCCGCGCCGCAUCGAGUACUCUCCAUUGAUGCAGCGGCAGCCUCGUAUUGUUUGUGGUGCUUCUGUUCGUCGCCGACGUUCUGUUCUUCUCGUCGUCCCGUGAAAAUAAAAGAAAGAAAGGUGUGCUACGGUUUAAACCUCCCUGGUGGUGCGCGACUCUGUUUUUCGUUCUCGUUCUUCUUCGUCAUCUUCGUCGUCUUGUGUGGGUGAUCUGAAAUCAGUGAAACGAGAGGAAUAGCCGAUAUUGUUCGGCGAGUCUCGAUAAAGAAAGUGAGAGUUUUUAUUAUUGUCAGUGCAGUAAUACGGUUCUCGUUCACUGUGGAUUAUUGGAUAUACUUUACGCUCUCGGCCUGCCGACGGACCGCUGCUGCGCAGCCCGCCGUUUACGUCCCGAGCUGGCCCGUUCUGGAAUAUUACCGCGUUGACAGGCGUUCAGCAGCGGCUACAACGAGACAGCGUUAAAUGAGGAUGCAGAGACAAAGCCGGAGUAGCUCGGAGGUGGAGGUUGCGCUUAUGCGCCCCGUAAGCACCGCUGGCUAAUAGCACCCCGGCCCAUCCCCGACACCCUGCAGCCACACCAGAUCAGCAGUCGGCGUGACAUGGAUGUGAGCUUCACGAACGUAUUAGAGGGGGCUCGCCAGUUCUUCCAGGGACUGCCCGUACCGAGUACAGGUGGUGCGGCCGCGUCAGCGGAUCGCAAUCACGCGACAUCAACGAGUACAGCCUCGUCGACAUCGGCGUCGCGCGACCAUGGCGCCGCUUCUCCGUCGCCAGCAGCCCCGCCAGCCCCGCCAGCACCACCGCCACUAUCGAUAUCGUCGCAACCGACUUCGAGCAACAGCAGCAACAGCAACGGUAGCAGCAACGGCGGUAACAACAAGAGCAGCGGUAGCAGCAACGACUCGGAAGCGAGUCGUUACCCGAGCAACGACGCGCGAUCCUCGUCCGCGGAGAACGCGUCCAGCACCAACAGUUUCUGGAGUCCCUCCGUGGAGCCGUACGCUCCGCAGCCGACGAGGGUGGAGGUGCCGGACACGAGGCCGGGCCUCGACGACGGGUCCUCGAUGGAGGCAAGCUCGUCGUGCUCGAACACGAUCACGUUAACCGAGAUGCAGCCGUCGAGCAAUCGCGUUAACCGAUCCUCCUCGAGCUUCCCCGCGAAGCAAGGGUCGCCGAAGGACCAGCCGACGGCGACGUCGACGACAAUGGCGGCGACGGCGGCGGCGGCGACGAGCGAUCUGCACCAAAUGCAACCGGUCCAACAGCCGACGUCCCCGGGCCCGGUGUACCAGCAGCUGAGCACCGUCUCCAGAGCGUCCUUCUCCACCGCCGAAAUACUCGCCUCGUCGCACCAGACGAGCUACCAGACUGCCAGCGACCGGCAGCCGCAGCCGACCGCUUCCGUCGUGGCGCAGAGGACCCAGUACUAUCCCCGCUACCAUCAUCCGGACAUCACGAAGAGCGCGCCGGUCCCGUUCAGCCAGAACUCGAUCUACCAGUCGGCCAGCGUGGCGCCGGCGACCUCUUCGGGGACCGUGCAGACCAGGCCGACCCCGAUGGAGCAGCCUCACCUGACCGUUUCCGGGCAAGGGCACGGCCUGGAGCAGAGGGUGCCGAGCUCGUACGGCAACCCGGCGGCGCCUACGAGCGCGGCCUCGAUAUACGGGUCGCCGUCGACCCAGAACUAUCGUCCGUUGCAGCAGAGUCGAUCGGGCUCGGCGGGCAACCCGGCGGCGGACAGGCCGCACUCGUCCCGCGUCUCCUCGUCUCCGUCCUGCUCGUCGGUGAACCCGUGCAGCCCGCGGCACGCCGGGACCUUGAGUCACAUUCCUUCGCCGUCGUCGGCGUCAUCGUCGCAAAAUCUUCCGGCGCACAUUCCAUCGUCGCAUCUGCCGUCGCCGGGCAGCAACGCGGCGGCGCACCGUUCUCAGCAGCAACAACCGCAGCAACACCAACAGCAGCAUCAGCAUCACCAGCAUCAGCACCAGCAGCAGCAGCACCAGCAUCAGCACCACCAGCAUCAGCAUCAGCAACAGCAGCAGCAGCAGCUUUCUAGUCGAAUAAACGCGUCCUCGCAUUCGAUCGGCGCCAACGCAUACCGGAUGGUCGUUCACGGGACACCGGCGUCCUCCGCCCCCUCGUCCUCGUCCUCGUCCUCCUCCUCCUCCGCCUCCUCCUCGUCCUCCUCCUCUAAUCAGAUGCCACCGCCGCCAGCGUUGAGCGGUUAUCAUCCUGUUGCUUCUCCCCAUGACGCUCCUCAUCACGCCGCCCCGACACCGCACAGACAAUCUCCUCACGUGUCCACCCUGCACAAUCCUCACGCCUCUCCUCAUCACGCUCCGUCUCCCCACAGCAGCUUCCAGCCCCAUUCGCCGACGUAUCCGCCUCCGCCGCCGCCACCGCCACCACCCCCGGCCACGUCCACUCCUCACUCGUACAGCCUUCCAAUUACGUCGCAACACUACCAACCGAGCCCCGGUUACGCCGGCAACCUGUACGCGCUGCCGCCACAGUCUUCGUAUCAUUCCUUCCAGAAGAAUCCCCAGCCGCCGCCGUCGCAGCCGCAGCCGCAACCGCAGCCGCAACCGCAGCCGCCGCACUCGCAGGCCAACUACUACCCGCAGUCCGGUCGAUCCCAAGGACAAACGUACGCGGCGCAGCAGAUGCCGAUACCCGGCCCGGCUCAAUCGAUCUGCUCCGGGACCGGAAACGCGAACGGGCCCGGCUACCAUUCGAACAAACCGGUCGCGUACAACGGCGUCGAUUCGAAGAGGAGCUCGAUGGAGGUGUCCUACGGCUCCUAUCGAUCCCCGUUGACCUCCUCCGUUCAGAGGACCAACACGCACAACCUUCCGCCGAUCGCCGCGCUCUCCUCCUACCAUUCCAACCGAAGGGAGCAAGCGACCAGCAAGGCCCAGCCGAUGCAAAGACACCGCGGAUACCAGGCGAACGCGGCCAACAACAACAAGGUGUCGGUGGUCGCGCCGCCCGUGUCCUCGAUGACGGCGCCACAGAGGAUCGCCGAGUAUCCGACCACCGUGUCCGGUAUGAAUCACGCGAUCCCGGUCAACGGACGGACCACCACCGUCGCCAACACCUCGUACAGCAGGUACUCGAGCCAGCAGCACGGCUACCCGACCUACGCCACCACCACGGCGCCCAGUCAUCAGGGCAGCAACUCCUCCAGCACCACGGUCACCUCGAUCGGGAUCGCCGCGAGAUCUUCCGUUCCGCCGACGAGCGCGAUGCACUAUCAGCCGACGGACGCCAGUCGAACGGGCUCCUAUCAUCAUCAGCCGGUCCGGGCCACCGACGACUACGGCUACAAAGAGUACUCGUCCUAUCAGAACUCGGCCGCGUCCACGGCUCAGUCCACCGUAGCCUCGAACAUGGUCGCUCCGCCGCAGACGAACGGCGUUCGCAAGAGGGAGUCGCCGCUGGACCUGUCCGUGAAGACCGUGAAGACAUCCGCGGACUCGACCGCGCAGGACGACGUCGAGACCGUCGCGGAGAAGCACGUGAGCAGCUCGACGGUGAUCUCGUCGAGGAACAACGUCGGGUCGUCCAGGAGCAUGCUGCCGCCGGCCGUGCAGACCGCGCCGCAGCCAGCCUCGUAUCCCCCGUUCGACAAUCGACUGUCGAGCAACACCGGCAGGAGCAUGCAGCAAACCGGCCAGAUCCGAGUCUCCACGCCGCAAACGGUCUGCGCGCCCAAGGUAGACUUCCUGCCGGACUUCAACUCGGCGCCGCUGCGUCACCACCACCACGGGCAACCGCACGAGAAUACUUUUCACCGGAGGAGCUCGGCCCAACAGCUGUACGCUCCGCCCCCGCAGUCUCUCUCCUCGCAGCAUCCUAAUAAUACCGCUCCACUGCCCCACAUGUCCUCGUUCAAAAAGUCUUCACUGCCCACCACCGCGCAGGUGUACGAUGCCGUGACCGCGGCAGCGCCGCCACCGCCGGUACCGUCCUCCUCUUACCUGGCGGCCACCGAGUCCGUGUCCGUGUCCUCCAGGUCCUCCAGGUAUCCCCCGCCGCCGAUGGUCGACCCGGCCAGGAUGGGACACGCCGCCGGCUUACCCGUCCACGAUUACCCGGCCGAGUCCAAGUACUACAAGUUCGGGCAACUGGCUCCGCCCCAGAGGGAUCGCGCGCCGACCAAGAGGCCCGGGGACGCGAUCUACGGUGCCGCGGUGCCGCACAAGCAACCCAGGCUCGACGACUGGUUUCACAAGAGGCUGUCCACCGCGAAAGCGAUGCACGAACAGCAGAAACGGCAGGAGAUGAGCCUGCAGGUGCCUCUGCCGAACGGUGCCCUGGUCGCGACCAACACCUACGAACAGAGAUCCGACAACGGUUACUCGUCGUCCGAGUCCUCUCGCUACCAGCAAGCCUACUGUGAUAAGAGGAGCUACGCCGAGCCUAAGGUCACCCACGGUUCGCCUCCCUACGGUCAUCCGCCCGUGGCCAAGCCGGCCAACGUGCACUCUCUGCCGCAACAGCCGAACCAACCCGUCUACUCGAGCUACCGGCAGGCCCAGAAACCGGGCCCACCGCUGCCCGGAGCAACCUCCGCCGGACAGCCCGUCGAACCGCCCAGCAACACCGGAGCCGACAAGCGUGUCCUCAGCUUGCUGAGGAACAGCUUGGAGAACAAGCAGCAGAGGGAGGAGCAGAUGAACAGUCAGCAGCCCAUCUUGGCCAAUCACAGUCAACAGAUUUUCCAAAACAAGGUGGUCGCGCCGGUCGAGCCGAAAACAAACAUCGGACGACACAAUCUGUCACCGUUCACGGCGGCGAGCCUGCUGGAACGGAACAGCAACACGCCGCCCCAUUACAAGUUCCAUGUGCCGAGAGCCGUAGACUCGAUCACUCAGGAGGCGCCCCGCAGCUUAUACGCUUCCAGAGUAAAUUCAUCCGCGACGCUGCCUGGCAAGGAAGCACUCCUGGGACCUCGGGGAGCCGAGAAUCAGAUCCACCGUGACAAAGACGACGGGCUUGCCGCCAUAUUAGCCGCGAAGAUCAGGACCAAAGCGGAACUUAAACAGGUGGGAACCGGCCAAUUCGCGAGCAAGUCGACCGCUUCCUCUCAGGAAGCCUCGUCGACGCCCAAAGAAAUAUUGGACAGCUCGGCUUCGACGUCCGGCCCGGUGUCGUCGGCGGGCAGUCCGCCGAAGUUGACGCGCGAGAAAGUGGCCUGUCUGCCGCCACGGAGACGAUUGUUCUCGAGGACCGAGGAGGAGAACAUGCCGGUGGCAGCGACGGUGCCCGUGCAAGCUCCGGUGCCCGCGAUCGCGUCCACGGUUCCAGCGCGUGCCAGCGGUUUCAGAAGUUCCUCGGAGACGUCGGUGUUCGAUUUUAGGGAGAGCGACUCCGAGGGCGAGAUGCCGGUGCUCGAGCGGCAAACGCUGGAGGAGAUGAGGCGGGACAGGAAACAGCUGUCGAAGGUGCAACCACCGGUGCCUCUGAACGACGCCAUGUGCAUGGGUAUGACGUCCUCGUCGGACCUGGUGAAGAUCGAGCUGAGGGAGAACGAAAAGAUCACGGAGGUGGACAGCUUCUGGUCGAGCGCCUGCGACAAGUUCAUGGAGCAGCUGCGCACCGGCGACGCCAUGAAGAAACGCGGCCGCAAGAAGAAGACCAGCUGCACGGUGACCUCGAACCUCGACGAGACGGGCAACGACACCGGCAACGAGAACGACGACAAGGACGAGAAAGAGGCCGCCGACGCGAACGCGUCCACGCGGAUCAAGCCCGAGGACAUCAAGCAGGAGCUGCAGGACGUCGAGUCGCCGCCGGACGUCAAGGAAGAGUUCCCGGAGACGAGCAAGGACGACGAGACCGCCGCGGAGCCGAAGGAGAUCAAGGUGGAGGUGAAAGAGGAGCCGGAAGUUGAGAAAGAGUACGACGAUAAGAACUCGAGCGACGAUUCCGACGAGGUGCCGCUGAUCCGGAGGGCGAACAAGAAGAUGAAGAAGGAGGACAGCGACUGCGAGGAAGAGAUAAUAUGCAGGAAGGGCCGGGUCGGCCGGGGCAGCAGGAUCAAGCUGCAGUCGUCCAGCGGCAGCGAGUCUUCCAGCGAGGAGAGCGACGCCAGCACGGAGUUUGGCCACGGUUCCUCGGUGGCGGACAGGCUGCGGGCCAGGAAGCGGUCGUCCAACAACGCGGAGUCCGAGGGGAUGAAGCUGAGGUCGAGGGACACGACGCCGCACAAGGCCAAAGGAGAGAAGGAGUCGAAAUCGUCGACCUCGAAGACCGGCUCCGGGUCGCAGAAGGGCAAGCCGAAGCCGCUUUUCGGGGACGGCAGCGACUUUCGGCCGGGUUGGGAGGAGGAGGUCUACGUGUACAAAAAGUCCUUGAGAAUGCCGACCAGGUUGAUCACGGUGUCGAAGCCGUCGAGGUUUCACAGGUUAUCCACCUCGCUGCCGGAUCUGGACCCGGACUCGCCGGCGCUCUCCGUCUCGAUGGACAGCUCCGACGUGUGUCUCGGCCGGAAGAAGAUCGUGGACAGCGACAUGGAGUCGAACUGCAGCUUCGGCACGACGGGACUUAAGAUCGACGACGAGGAGGCCACCUCGUCCACGACGAUCUCGUGUCCCGCCAAGGCCACGAAGUCGAGCAGAUCGGAAGGCAGCUCGAUCGUCGACGUGCUGGCUCAGAAGGUCGGCACCAGCCGGAAGGAGCAGAAGAAGAAGCUGAAGGAGAAGGAUAAGGUGGAGAAGGAGAAAGUGGAGAAGGGUGGAGGGGGCAAGUCGAAAGGUAGCAACGAGCCGGAGCUGCUGCCUACGCCGAGCCUGACGCCGUUGCUGGAGUCGGCGAAGCUGUCGAAGGGCAAGUCCCCGAUCAAAGACUGCAGCGUGUUGGGCUACUUCCGCAAGGAAACGGUGAGCACGUUCCGGGACACGUUCAAGAACAAUCACGCGCUGCUGAACGAGUUCUCGACGCUGGUGUUGAAGACCAGGACGAGGACGGAGACGCGGGUGUUGAAGAAGCAGGCGACCAUCAGGGAAGUGUUCGGCGAAGAGAGACCCGCGUCGGCCCCGCCGAUGCAGAAUCACGACGACACCUCGCAGGACGACGACUCGCAGACGGAGACGCCGGAGAACGCGCUGAGCAAGAUCAGGACGCUGAAGCAGAAGGUGGUCUGGGUGCGGAAGAACGCCGGGAUCCUGAGGAGUCACAAGGCGAUCCUGAACUCGAAGCGGCAUCUGUUGAACGCGAAGAAACGAAAGGACCUGCUCAAGUCGCUGGCGGAGAAGAAGCUGCAGAGCCUGAAGACGGAAGCGGAGGACGAGGCGGCGCAGGAGGAGACGAACGACGCGCAAGAAGCGGAGAACAACGACUUGGACGACGAGACGAACGAGUCGGAAGUUCCCAACAAGAAGAAGCUCAAGCUGCGGACCAGCCGGCGAAAGUUCCGCUCCGGGUUCGACUACAUUCGGAAGAAGAAGAAGCCGUUGAAGAAGGACGAGACCCUGCCCAAGGAGAGAAAGAGGCAAGUGUUGACGAGGCCCAGCCCGGAGUGCGUCGCGGACAUCCAAUCGGAGAUCAGAACCUGGGUGAUCAAGAAAGGCGUCGGCGAAACGCUGUUGCACAGGGCUGCCAGGCUCGGUUACACGGACGUCACAGCCUACUGCUUGGAGAAGCUGAACAACGCGCCGAGCCCCAAGGACAACGCGGGGUACACGCCUCUUCACGAAGCGUGUUCCAAGGGCCAUCUCGAGAUCGCGAAACUGCUGCUCGCGUACGGAGCGAACGCCAGCGAAAGCGCGAACGGAGGAAUAAGGCCGCUUCACGAGGCGGCAGAGAACGGCGCUACCGAAUUGGUACGUCUGUUGCUCUCGUACGGCGCCGACCCUCUGCUGGCCACGUACGCUGGUCAGACUCCGCUGAUGCUGGCCGCGGACACGGACGCUUACUCGAUUCUGGAGCAACAUCUGGACGACAUUCAGGGUCGGACGUGCACGCCGUGGUCCUUCGGCGGACCGUCGUGCAUUUUCGACCCCGACGAGACCGGGCACAACCCCCUCAACGAUCCUCCGCUGGACAGCCCGGAGCCCGAGCUGGACGAGAUCGAGAUGGAAAUGAGCGACGUGAACCUGCCGGUUCUGUUCUCCUUGAGCAACGACCCGGACAAGUGGGUGCUCCUGCAGGACCUGAUGGCGGCCCUCAGGAUAAAGAGCAGGGACGCGCUGCUGCGUCAGGUGAACCCGAAGGCUCACGCGGGCCCGCCGGCGGUCGCCCAUCGGGACGUGAUGAGGGAGCUGAAGCUCCAAGACUUUCUGGAACAGUCGAGGUGCUGCCACUUGCUCAGCGGCGGCGAGAGGAUCAACGUGAGAGGCUCGAAGGUGACGCUGAUCAAGUACAACGACAAAGUGAGGUCCCUGUUGAGCGUCGAGAAGGUGGUGAUCAGCCUCAGGUGACAGGAGGCGAUUCUGGGGCAGCCGUCUCCCCAGGCAAGACCCUCGACGUCCGCCGCGAAGGACGUCCCGAAGAAGACGAGAACCUCCGGCAGCUCCCCGAAGAGGCAAGGUAGAACGCGUCAAGGUAACAAAACGUCCGAUUGAACGCGCGCGUGGACGCGCGCGGGGCCGAACGGGUCGGAACGGAUCGAAUCGGAUCGAUCGUGACAGCGAACGGUGACGCACUAUUAUUAGCAGUAUUUAUUGGAGAAUAUUCUAUUCGUGUCUAUUCGCAAGAACAGUGAUAUUUUAUUAACUAUAGAGCCAAGCGAUCGGGUCUGUAAUUGUAAACGCCGCUUCUAGAGUCGAGGAUUUCGCUGUCGCCGCAGAGAUUUAGAAGCACGAUAUAUCGUUCCUGUCCGAACAUUGUACGAUACUAUUGGAUAUUUCAGCGUUUAAUCUCGAGUUAACAGUCCCUCGCGGAGGAGUUUAUAGGGGCCGGUCGCGAAUAGAAAGAACGGACGACGUCGUCUAGAGAUAUUUUUUAUCGUCGGCACGUGCGCGCGCGUGUCAUUUGCUCUGUGCACAUGUCCACGUGCUUCUUUUUACCGAGAGGAUGGAUUCGUUGUUAGGAGGAGGAAGGCGACCGUCGGAGCGCAAACGUCGACUUGUCAUCGGCUUUCACGUGUUACCAAUUUUCGUUAGGUUUACUCUCGUUUCUUCCUCGUCGCGUUUUCUGUCCGUUUUUCUACCGGUCAGUCGGGAGAGCGAGUUGAUCGGCGAGCAAAUCCGGUUAUCGAUCGAAUCUUUUUAGGAUUAAGUAAGCGUCGAUUAAUCGUUCGAAAGUCGAGCAUUUAUUUACCUGUUUUCGCGUUCCGCUCUUUCUCCUUAUAGUUCUCUUUUAUUUUUUCCUUUUUUCUUUUCUUUUUUUAAUCUUUCUGGGAUGUGCAAUCUUGUCGAGCGAUCCUACGAACGACGGUCGAUCCCGGGCUGGACGGGGAACCAAGUGGAAAAGGAGGGAAACCAUCGUGCAAUAACUCUCUCGUCCAGCUCGCGAUCGACUCUCGAAUCGGCGGUUUCCAUCGAUAAUCGUUGGGCGCGGUUGCAACGCGUUCACCAGCCGUUGCACGAGUUUGCUGUAAUCGGCACCGCGCCGCGUCGUUGUUCGAUGGCACGUUUUCUCUCCUUCGUUCGAACGUUUCUCAACAGGUUAGCUAGUUAUUUCGUUAUCUAGUACAAUUUUGAUCGACGCGCGGACCAACGAGAUCGAGGCAUCGUUUCGUUUUGGGAACAGCGGCGAUCGCGUCGAUCGAGGCGCAGCGUCGGGCAGCGAACGCGUCCAUGGGACCCCGUCGGCGGGAACAGCGAUUUAGGAAAUUUUCGGAAACACGGUGUUCCCGCUUCGGUGGGCCUCCGGCGACGCGACGGGACGAGUUUUAACGAGAUCAACGUACUUAGACGGUCGCGUCUCGACGGAACGGCGAUAAGAAGCAGGCUUGCGCGUUUCAUUUCACUCUUUAUACAGAUUUCAAUUGUUACAAUCAGUCUCAGGGAACGUUCUCUACGCGUAUUUUCGAUAUUUCUGUGCGUUGUAUAAAUUGGACGGGGACGCGGCCAGGCGGCGUCGGAUCGACGAGACGAGAAACGACGUUCGUCCUUGAAUUGUUGGUCGCGCGACGGAUUCGGACCUUUGGCCGACGAACCCUUCGGCCUCGGCUCGCGCGUACAAUUUGCGGAGGAAAUUGAUCGCGAUUCCAGAAGCGCGACGCCUGGCCGCUCGCCUGGACGGUUUCGACUUUUAUUUAGCCAACGAUUCGAAGGGAUCUUUGACGUGGACGGUGUGCAGUUUGUACAUGUACAUAAUACACCUAUUUUCGAAGGAAACGAUUUCCACGGCCAAAUACACCGGUUCUCGUUGCGGCGGCUGCCGUGCAAUUUUCUCGCGCGAGAAUCGUCCGGUUCGGCGUCGUCGGUUUUAUGUAAAAUCGAUCGACGAUCGGCCGAUGGAAUUCGAUGGGGAAAAACGAACUUGUACGUACCGUGCGUAAUUGUACCUUUCUCGAAUGUAAAGUAGAAUGCAUAUACGAUGUAAGUAGCGGAAAGAACGCACUGCAAACACUUGUUCAUAUUAGCGUAUUAAGAACACGUGCACACACACACAUUGUAAUAUGGCGUACGGAAGAGAAACCGCGUUUAGAAGGACUUGAAGGACAUUGUAAUUUCAGUGAACCGAUUGAACAAUAGAUACGCGGAAACGACGAGUAUGUACAUACUUCUCGCAAACUAGGGGCUAUCGCAAUUAUUACCGCUAAUGAUUAUUAUUAUUAUUAUUAUUGUUAUUAUUAUGUUAUUAUUAUAUUAUUAUUAUAUAUAUAAUUAUUAUUAUUAUUAUAUUAUUAUUACUAUUACGUUUAUUAUUAUUAUUAUUAUUAUUAUUACUAUUUAACACUACCGUCACAAUAACUACGCGUACUACAAACUACCGCUGAUGACUAUUACUAUCGCCACCAACAACUAUUGCCACUACUGUCACCGAGUAUCCGCUUUUUUUAUUGUACGAUAUAUACAUAAUAGCGAACUAUGAAUGUACAUUUUCUUAGCUGUAACAACGUCUCCUCCAUCACCGACACUACAACCGCCACCACGAUUUCCCUGCUAUUCCCCUCCCUCCUCCGAUAUGCCCUCUUGUAAUUUAUAUAUACAUAUUCGAGAUACU